GAUAAGCAGUGUAUUUAGUUCCUGGUUGGCAAAAAGUUUCUAUUGAAAACAUCCAUUAUACACAUCACUAAAUAAUUUCAUUGUUUAUAACCGAAUAUGAUAUUUAAAUACAUUGCUCUGUGGAGACUAUCGGAGAUGACCCGGGUGGCUGUGCUCGGGAUUCUCUGCUGGGUUCAUGCAGCUGCCGCAGGAACUCACUCACUGCAUUUUUUUGGAGUGGCGACCACGGAAGGGACCAAGACACCAGAGUAUGUAACUGUGGAUAUGCUGGAUGAUGUGCAAUACUCAUACUAUAACAGCACCAUGAAAGAACCUGUCCUCCUGCUCGACUGGAUGAAUAAGACUAUGGGUCGUGAGUUCUGGAACAGCCGUACUUGGCAUAUUCUGCAUGGUCAUGAUAUCAUGAAAUGGAGUUUGAGAAAUACAAUCCAGCACUUUAACCAUACUGGAGUUCACACUUACCAGAACUCAGGUGGCUGUGAGCUGGAUGAUGACGGGACCAGGCGGGCAUAUUGGUAUCACGAGUAUGAUGGGAAUGAUUUUGUUAGUUUUGAUGUGGAGACCCUGACCUGGGUCGCUGCUGUGCCACAGGCUGUCUUCUAUAAACACAAGUGGGAAGCUGACACAGCCCGCAAACAGAUGGAUUUUGUCGAUUUUCCACAGGAGUGUUUCCAGUCUCUGGAGCUGUGCAUCCAGUAUGGGAAGGAGACCCUGCAGAGGAAAGUCCGUCCUGCAGUGACGCUGAUACAGAGGAAAGCGCGUGAAUCUGCAGGAACGGACAUCAUUUGCCACGUGACAGGGUUCUACCCCCGAGAGGUUGAGGUGAACUGGGUCAGAGACGGAGAGGCUCUGCUGGAGGAGGGGGUAUGGAGUGGAGAGGUGCUACCCAACGGGGACAGAACCUACCAGCUGAGAAAGAUCCUGACAGUGAGUCCAGAGGACCAGAAGAAACACAGCUACUCCUGCCAGGUGCACCACGCCAGCCUGGAUGAGAAGAUGGAUGUGAAAUGGGCUCCAGAGGCUGCUCUGAACGUGGGGGUUGUUGCUGGUGGUGUGCUGGCUGCUCUGGGUCUGAUCAUUGCAGUGAUCAUAGGAGUUCACAUCUGGAAGAAAAGAGCAUCAGGUGCCAGGAGCCCUGACUACACAGCAGCGCAGAGUGUGACCCUGUUGCAGAGAAGCUGACGGCACAGAUAGAGAAUAUACAGCUCAGCUGAGACUUCAUCUUUUACACUUUAUUUACCCAGAUAUUGCCACACAGAGCGAUCGCACAAACCAAUACACUUUCCUCUGUAUUGUACUGUUUCAUGUAUUCUGCACUUUCCACUGUAUUUAAUAUAUUAUGAUUUUUUGGGGUUUGGUUUAUAACUGUAUAUCAUGUGUUAUGCAUUUCUCUGUAUUUUGAGGUAUUACAGAUUUUCUUGUUAUCUUGUAAAGCGCUUUGUGAUGGUGUUCCACUAUGAAAGACGCUAUAUAAAAUAAAGAUUGAUUGGUUGAUUGAUUGAUGCUUUGGGAAUACAGUAGAGCACUUAAUCUAGGAUCAGAAACUGGUAUAGGGGUCAGUUCAGUAGAUAUAUGGGGCGCCUCUUUACAUUCAUGCAAUGGUUAACGAACAGAUAGAUCAGAACAGGCAUUGGGAUUCUUGUUUUGUUUUGCAAUAUUUCAGACAUUACGUGGUUGUCUGACAGACAUUAGCAUCAUGGUAACUACAUUCUAAACCCCAUCCUCUUUGGACUUCCUCCCAUAGACUGAUCAGGAAAAAAUCCAAGAAUGCACCCCAUUAAAAUACAGAAUCCAUUAAACUGUAAAAUAUAUAAAACCAUUACAAUAUAUUAAACACAUGCUCAGCUGAUCCAGUAUAAACCAUUACAAUACAUUGAACACAUGCUCAGCUGAUCCAGUAUAAACCAUUACAAUAUAUUAAACACAUGAUCAGCUGGUACAGAUUCAUUUCUGAGUUGAUGAAACUCAUUCAUACCCAUGCUGUCUCAUCCAGCCAGCAUUGUUUAUAAUGAUAAUAAACAGUGUAUUUCAAACUGAUCUAACAAGCAGCAUGUUUGAACAGAAACAUCUUUAAAGGUGCAAUUGCAUGUUAUUAUAAUGUCAUACAGUAAUACAGAGUAGGAGCAAAUCCCUUCAAACUAAUUAUU